UUAUUGAACUGGUAUACAAUGAGGACUUUCCCAAAAUUGGUAGGGGGCCUGUCAGAUUUUUUUCGGUCUCCAUUGAGCAAUACCAGGAAAAGCCAGUGGUGUCAAUGGAAAAGAGCAAUGCAUCAAGUGGAAUUAACCUCCGUUAGGUAUCCAAAUGUGAAGCGGGGGCCAUAUGCAACAGUUGAUGACAAUGAUAUCAAGUUCUUUGAGCGAGUCAUGGAACCCAGCAGAGUCAUGACAGACCCUGAUAUUGUAGACUCCCAUAAUGUGGACUGGCUCAAGAUGGUCAGAGGAGCAAGCCAAGUUCUUCUUCGACCAAAGUCAACUAAAGAAGUCAGUGAAGUGCUGAAAUACUGCAACACAAGGAGAUUGGCUGUGUGCCCUCAGGGAGGAAAGACAGGGCUUGUUGGAGGAGGUGUUCCUGUUUUUGAUGAAAUCAUCAUCUCAACUUCCCUCAUGGAUGACAUCAUUGCAAUUGAUGGAAUUUCAGGUGCCUUGACCUGUGAGGCAGGCUGUAUCUUGGAAGAUCUUGACAAUUAUGCAGCUGGUCAUGGAUUCAUGAUGCCCUUGGACCUGGGGGCAAAGGGUAGUUGCCAUAUAGGAGGCAAUGUAUCCACAAAUGCUGGAGGGAUCCGGCUCAUCCGUUAUGGAAACCUGCACCACAAUGUACUAGGGGUGGAAGCUGUUCUUGCAAAUGGAGAAGUUGUUGAUGGGCUCACUACAAUACGGAAAGACAACUCUGGGUACGAUAUUUCGCACCUCUUCAUUGGAUCAGAAGGAACACUUGGAUUUGUCUCCAAAGUUGCCAUUGAAUGUGUUAAAAGACCCAAAGCUGUCAAUGUGGCAUAUCUAGGCCUGAAGAAUUUCAACAAUGUCCUGGCGACAUUCCGUUUGGCAAGAGAGUCAUUGGGUGAAAUACUAUCUUCAUGUGAAUUCAUGGAUGCUGAAAGUGUUCACUGUGUGGAGCAGAACCUCCAUCUUCGUCUCCCAAUUCCAAAAUGCCCUUUCUACAUGCUGAUUGAGACAAAUGGGUCAAAUGCAACUCAUGAUGAAGAUAAACUCAUGACUUUCCUGGAUCUCUUGAUGAGAAAGAAACUUGUUAUUGAGGGUACAAUGGCCUCUGAACCUCGUCAUAUUUCUAACCUGUGGCAAACCAGAGAGCGCAUUACUGAGGCCCUCCUUCUGGAUGGGUACACAUACAAGUACGACAUCUCCCUCCCUCUAACAUAUUUUUAUCAGAUUGUGGAAGAAAUGAGGAAUCGAGUGGGGAAGUACACCAUUCGUUGCUGUGGGUAUGGCCAUUUGGGUGAUGGGAAUCUCCAUUUAAACAUGACUUCAAAGGAGUUUAACGAACAGCUCGUGCACAAGAUCGAGCCAUACCUGUUUGAAUACAUUGCAAGGAAGAAGGGGAGCGUGAGUGCAGAACAUGGGCUGGGCUUUAAGAAGCGAGACUUCAUCCAUUACUCCAAGUCACCAAGUGCUAUCGAGUUGAUGAGGCGACUCAAGAACGCGUUUGAUCCCAAUGGGAUCUUGAACCCUUACAAGGUUCUACCUGAUCUGCCGUACCUAUUCUUCCACCAGCUGCAAGUGAAUCUCCAAUCGCGACAACGACAUCCCAAACUGCUGCUGGAAGCAUAUCGGAGAGCAUGGAGCGGAUCUUCCAACGGUAUUGCUCUCCUUCAACCGCGUGGUGAGGCCAUUGCGGUGAACACGGCUCUCGAGGUCGCCCCAAAGCCAGAGGUCCGGUGGGUUGAGGUCCGCUGGGGGCCUCUGCCUUCCAAUAUUCGGCAUGAUCACAGGGGUGAUUUGCCACAUCGGCAUUCACCUGAGCCACCAAAAGUUGGAGAAAAAGUCGAGAAAGAACUCCAGGACCUUGAACCAGAAGUCAUCGAGAGGAUCCCUUUGGUCCCGAGUCGAGGGCCGAUCGUUUCGGGACCGGGACCGGGACUGGGACUGGGACUGGGACUGGGACCGGGACUGGGACUGGGACUGGGACUGGAAGUGGCAGCAGCGGACUUGGUCGGAGGGACACGGCAGGGCGAAGUAGAAUUGAACGGGGGAACAGCCGGGGCGAGGCGAUGGGACGCAAUGGCAGGUGGUGACUCCAGGCUCGAUUUCGUGGCCUCGGCUCGCGAUCACGCCGCACAUCAGGGCUAG